AAGAAAACGGGAGUCGCAUUUGACAACUUUGACCGAUUUGUAGAAACUUUGAGCGGAAAAGACACAUUGCACGACACGGUUGGUAUAGCUUAUCAAAUUCUAUCAGAAGAAAAAUCGACAAUUGAAGAAAGUAGUGAGUCCGAAUAUGUUCGCGUGGUUGCAUCUAGGAAAAGAAGGCGAAGAGCUUUUCAAGCAAUUGGGUUAGAUAUACAUGUAGAACCAUACUGGAAGAAACCUGCAAUGUUAACAGUUCCAGUGCUUCCCCUUGAUGAUCCGAGAAAGGCGUUUGAAGCUGAAUCAUAUCUCAAUGCAAGAGCGUACGAUUCUUUAUGGAUGAAAGAUUUCUGUUUUUCACCAAAUGAUACGCCAAUGUGGGUCGAGUGGAAUGCAAAACUUUUUAAUGAUACGCCAAUGUGGGUAGGGUGGAAUGCAAGCUGCACAAUGCAGAAGACACCAAAGGUCAAAUAA